GCUGGGGGUGCCCGGAAAGCAAAUGUGGAGGCUGACGCCUGUUCCUUCAGGCUAGGUUCAGCUCAGUUUUUCCCAUCUAGGUCCUUGCACCUCUCGCCCGGAGUCUCCCGCUGGAGCCCGCCUGCGGGUGGCACGGCUGAGAUGGAGAGUCCGAGCCUGGGGGACGGCGAAGCUGCCCCUGCAGCCUCCUGUGGCGAGCGCCUAGUCUCCGAGCAGCCUUGCGAUCUUUCCAGGGAUGAGGUUGCCACGGGAUGGGAGAGAGUGGGAGAAGAUGGGAUCGAGGAGGCGAUGUGUGGAAGCAGUGAGGGUAACCCUCUGCUCCCAGAUCCCACUGCUGCUGCUGAGCUGGGUGGCACUGCAGCUACAGAAUGUCCUCGGUCUGUCCCUGGUGGAUGGGAACGAGUCGUGAAGCAAAGGUUAUCCGGGAAGACAGCAGGAAAACUUGAUGUGUAUUUUAUCAGCCCCCAGGGACGAAAGUUCAGAUCCAAAAGGUCAAUUACCAAUUAUCUUCACCAAAGUGGAGAGACUUCCCUUAAGCCAGAAGAUUUUGACUUUACGCUACAUCCCACAAGGGGUACCAAGUCAAGGAAGAAAGAUAGCAGCUUGGCUGCGGUAAUAUCUCGACCACAAAACAACAGUAACAUUUCAACCUGGAACGUCAGGACGCGACAAAGGUGGGGCAAGGAUGUGUGUCCGCAGCCGAGUCGUUGUUCUGAGUCGUCAGAGAGUGGAGGACUCUCUGAGCUUACCUCUGCUCAGUGGCUUGCCCAAGAAAAUGGGCGUGUUCCUGGUACUGACUGUGGAAAAGAGAGAGAGCCCGAAGGAGAGAUGGCUGUGUUAAAAGGAAUUCAAACUAAGAAAACUAAAAGAGGGCGCAAGAAAAACCUUCCAGAUUGUGCCUCAAGUGAUAGGAAAAGGAACUGUACAUCUAAUGGGGCAGAUGCUGAAACAGAGCCUGAUCCACGAAGAAGUCAGCGUGGCACAACUCCACGGGUUUCUGAUGGCAGAGCAAGCAGCGAGCCCCCUGGGGUGACCAGCGCGGAAAAGAGCCUUGUCAAAGAGAAGCCGAAUUCAGGGUCAAGUCUUCACGGAUUAUGUGCAGCCAGAGCUGCAGGGCACAGCGAGAAGCAAGAGGCGGCCUCUUCAGAACUAGAGGAGAAAGGAGAAGCUGGGGAAAGCAAGGAACAUUUGCAUAUUGACGCUUUAAAAUGCGGCUCUGAAGUGGACAGCAGCUGCUCGCAAACCGAAAAAGACUUCACUUCUGAAAAAAUAUUUCAAGAAGACACCAUCCCACGCACACAAAUCGAAAGAAGAAAAACAAGCUUGUAUUUUUCCAGCAAGUAUAACAAUGCAGGUCUUAGCCCCCCACGACGAAAAGCCUUUAAAAAGUGGACACCUCCACGGUCACCUUUUAACCUCGUCCAGGAAACACUUUUUCACGACCCAUGGAAGCUUCUCAUCGCAACCAUAUUUCUCAAUCGGACCUCAGGCAGAAUGGCCAUACCUGUGCUCUGGGAAUUUCUGGAGAAGUACCCUUCAGCCGAGGCAGCCAGAGCCGCAGACUGGAGAGACGUGUCCGAGCUCCUCAAGCCUCUUGGUCUCUAUGAUCUCCGAGCAAAAACCAUCAUCAAGUUUUCAGAUGAGUACCUGACAAAGCAGUGGAAGUAUCCAAUUGAGCUUUAUGGGAUCGGUAAAUACGGCAAUGACUCCUACCGAAUUUUUUGCAUCAACGAGUGGAAGCAGGUGCACCCUGAAGAUCACAAGUUAAAUAAAUAUCAUGACUGGCUCUGGGAAAACCAUGAAAAAUUAAGUCUGUCUUGAAGCUUUCAAACUUGCCUUUUAUGCAUUGCUUUGCACUUUAGUUCCUAAUAGCUCCAGUAGCACACCCAGCCACUUUUUUCAGAGAUGUAGAUUUUAAUAAACCCAACUAGAAACCUA